UUUCCUUUUCUUUUUCUUGAAAAGGAAAAAAAUUACAGCCAAUUUUAGAGAGCAAAAUCACAGAAGAAGUUGCGAGUCUUGGCACUAAUUCACACGUUGAUUCGGAAAUUGAUGCAAUAGUUCUCUCAUUUCAUCUCUAGCAAUGGCCUCGUCGAAAAAGGUUAUAACUAGGGAAGAAUGGGAAAAGAGGCUCAGUAGCGUUAAGCCGAAGAAAGAGGAUAUGAAUAAAUUGGUGAUGAAUUUUCUGGUUACCGAGGGUUUUGUUGAGGUUGCGGAAAUAUUUCAGAUAGAGACCGGGACAGAACCAGAUAUGGAUCUUGCAACUAUCACUGAUCGUAUGGCAGUGAAGAAGGCGGUACAGAGUGGUAAUGUGGAGGAUGCGAUUGAAAAAGUUAAUGAUCUGAACCCUGAGAUAUUGGACACAAACCCCCUACUCUUUUUCCAUCUCCAACAGCAAAGGUUGAUAGAACUGAUCCGCAAUGGUAAGAUUAAAGAGGCUUUGGAGUUUGCUCAAGAAGAACUAGCUCCAAGAGGGGAAGAAAAUCAUUGCUUUUUAGAAGAGUUGGAGAGGACCGUUGCACUGCUCGCAUUUGAAGAUGUCAGCAACUGCCCCGUUGGUGAUUUGCUAGAUAUAUCACAGCGCCUCAAGACUGCUACUGAGGUUAAUGCAGCCAUCCUCACUAGCCAAAGCCAUGAAAAAGAUCCAAAGCUUCCUAAAUUGAUGAAAAUGCUAGUGUGGGCUCAAAAUCAUCUGGAUGAAAUGGCUUCUUAUCCUCGAAUUACGGAUUGGUCUACGACAACACUUGAGGAUCCUUCUCUUUAACACCAUUGCAAGAUUACUUGUGAUUCUUCUAGAGUUAGUAAUGCUCAUGUUUCUACUUGUGCACUACACUAUUGGUCUCUCAAACUAGCUAGUUGUAUCUGUCAAAUCAAAUAUUGUUCACUUUGUUCUGAAAAAUUAAAAAAAAAUCAUGCUCUGUGAGCUCUGUUAAUAAUC